UUUGUCUCAGUCAGUUGCAUAAACGGAAGGAAAAUAAGCAGCCCGAGUUUAACGACAAAGGACUGACGAGAGCUGUGUAUCCCAGCUUCCUCCUGGCCCUGACUGAAGAACAAAGGCAGGGCAUCGGACAUCCUGGAAGAUGUCUCCUGAAGAUAUUGAUCGCCGUUUCCUGAGGGUCCCGCAACCAGAUAACUCCUGGAUUUUUUUGCUAAUUCUUGGAACACGGAACUGUUUUGCUGUUCUUCCUUAAAAGCCUGGAUUGUCUUGCUGAAAAGCCGCAUGGCUGCUGCGAACCUUCUAGAUGAUUAAGGACCCUAUCAGAGAAUCGGAGAAUCUAAUUCUUUAAAUGCCCUCAUAAUACAGCUCUUCUAAGGGGAGCUCUCAAAUCACCUGCAACAAUGGUGGCCCUGUCGUUGAAGAUUUGUGUCCGCCACUGUAAUGUGGUGAAGACGAUGCAAUUCGAACCCUCCACUGCAGUUUACGAUGCUUGUCGAGUUAUUCGAGAGAGGGUACCUGAAGCUCAGACUGGCCAAGCCUCUGACUAUGGAUUGUUCCUGUCCGAUGAUGAUCCUCGGAAAGGCAUCUGGUUGGAAGCUGGCAGGACGCUGGAUUACUACAUGUUGCGGAAUGGGGAUAUUUUGGAAUAUAAAAAGAAGCAGAGACCUCAGAAAAUACGGAUGCUUGAUGGAGCGGUGAAAACAGUGAUGGUGGAUGAUUCUAAAACGGUUGGGGAACUUCUGGUUACCAUUUGCAGCAGGAUAGGGAUAACCAAUUAUGAAGAGUACUCGUUAAUCCAAGAAAUCAUUGAAGAAAAGAAAGAAGAAGGAACAGGCACACUGAAGAAAGACAGAACGUUACUAAGGGAUGAACGAAAAAUGGAGAAGCUGAAAGCCAAGCUGCACACUGAUGAUGACUUAAACUGGCUAGAUCACAGUCGGACAUUCAGAGAGCAAGGUGUGGAUGAAAAUGAAACGCUGCUGCUGAGACGGAAAUUCUUUUAUUCGGAUCAGAAUGUUGACUCAAGAGACCCAGUCCAGCUAAACCUGCUCUACGUCCAGGCUCGAGAUGACAUCCUCAAUGGCUCCCAUCCGGUCUCCUUUGAGAAAGCUUGUGAGUUUGGGGGAUUUCAAGCUCAAAUCCAGUUCGGACCUCAUGUGGAGCAUAAGCACAAGCCUGGAUUUUUAGAUCUAAAAGAAUUCCUCCCCAAAGAAUAUAUCAAGCAAAGAGGAGCUGAAAAGAGAAUAUUUCAGGAACACAAAAACUGUGGAGAAAUGACUGAGAUUGAAGCCAAGGUGAAAUACGUGAAGCUUGCCCGCUCCCUUCGAACGUAUGGAGUGUCCUUCUUCCUCGUGAAGGAGAAGAUGAAAGGGAAGAACAAGCUGGUCCCUCGCUUGCUUGGCAUCACCAAGGACUCGGUCAUGCGUGUCGAUGAAAAGACCAAGGAAGUUCUGCAGGAGUGGCCUCUGACGACAGUCAAGCGUUGGGCAGCCUCGCCCAAGAGCUUCACUCUGGAUUUUGGGGAAUAUCAGGAAAGCUACUAUUCCGUACAAACGACUGAAGGAGAACAGAUAUCCCAGCUUAUUGCAGGUUACAUUGAUAUCAUCCUCAAGAAGAAACAAAGUAAAGAUAGAUUUGGACUAGAAGGGGAUGAGGAGUCGACAAUGUUAGAAGAAUCUGUUUCUCCCAAAAAAUCUACCAUCUUACAGCAGCAGUUCAACCGCACGGGAAAGGUGGAACACGGUUCGGUGGCUCUCCCUGCCGUCAUGCGUUCUGGAUCCAGUGGGCCGGAGACUUUCAACAUUGGCAGCAUGCCCUCGCCACAGCAGCAAGUCAUGGUUGGCCAGAUGCACCGAGGUCACAUGCCCCCACUCACUUCAGCCCAGCAAGCCUUGAUGGGGACAAUCAAUACUAGCAUGCAUGCAGUCCAGCAAGCUCAGGCAGACCUCAGUGAAGUUGAUAAUCUUCCACCUCUGGGCCAAGAUAUGGCAUCUAGGGUUUGGGUUCAAAACAAAGUCGACGAAUCAAAACAUGAAAUUCACUCUCAGGUUGAUGCUAUCACUGCUGGAACAGCUUCUGUUGUUAAUCUCACAGCAGGUGACCCCGCUGAAACAGACUACACAGCUGUGGGAUGCGCAAUCACAACCAUCUCCUCCAACCUGACGGAGAUGUCCAAAGGCGUCAAGCUGCUGGCGGCGUUAAUGGACGAUGAGGUGGGCAGCGGAGAGGACCUGCUGCGGGCCGCUCGGACACUGGCCGGUGCAGUGUCUGACCUGCUGAAAGCUGUACAGCCUACUUCCGGAGAGCCUCGACAAACGGUCUUAACCGCAGCUGGGAGUAUCGGCCAAGCCAGCGGGGAGCUUCUGAGGCAGAUUGGGGAGAACGAAACCGAUGAACGAUUCCAAGAUGUACUGAUGAGCCUGGCUAAAGCUGUUGCGAAUGCUGCUGCCAUGUUGGUGCUGAAGGCCAAAAAUGUGGCCCAGGUCGCUGAAGACAGCGUCCUGCAGAAUCGAGUGAUUGCUGCCGCGACCCAGUGUGCCCUCUCCACCUCCCAGCUGGUGGCUUGCGCCAAGGUGGUGAGCCCCACCAUCAGCUCGCCGGUGUGCCAGGAGCAGCUGAUUGAGGCCGGGAAGCUGGUGGACCGCUCCGUGGAGAACUGCGUCCGCGCCUGCCAGGCGGCCACAGACGACACCGAGCUCCUGAAGCAGGUCAGCGCCGCGGCCGGCGUGGUCAGCCAGGCGCUACAUGACCUCCUGCAGCACGUGCGGCAGUUUGCCAGCCGCGGGGAGCCUAUCGGGCGCUACGACCAGGCCACAGACACCAUCAUGUGUGUCACAGAGAGCAUCUUCAGUUCAAUGGGGGAUGCUGGUGAAAUGGUACGACAGGCCAGGGUCCUUGCUCAAGCAACUUCGGAUCUUGUCAAUGCCAUGAGGUCAGAUGCUGAGGCUGAGAUUGACAUGGAGAAUUCUAAGAAGCUUUUGGCAGCUGCCAAGCUUUUGGCCGAUUCUACCGCUCGCAUGGUGGAAGCUGCAAAGGGGGCCGCAGCCAAUCCCGAAAAUGAAGACCAACAGCAGAGAUUGAGAGAGGCAGCAGAAGGACUGCGAGUUGCCACCAACGCCGCGGCUCAGAAUGCUAUUAAGAAAAAAAUUGUCAACAGACUAGAGGUCGCUGCUAAACAGGCUGCAGCUGCUGCAACUCAGACAAUUGCGGCCUCCCAGAAUGCGGCCAUUUCCAAUAAGAACCCAGCAGCUCACCAGCAACUUGUUCAGAGCUGCAAGGCUGUGGCUGAUCAUAUUCCUCAGCUGGUCCAGGGGGUGAGAGGAAGCCAAGCUCAGUCAGAAGAUCUCAGUGCUCAGCUGGCUCUCAUCAUUUCAAGCCAGAACUUUCUCCAGCCUGGAAGUAAGAUGGUGGCUUCUGCCAAAGCCGCUGUCCCUACAGUAAGUGACCAGGCUGCAGCAAUGCAGCUCAGUCAGUGUGCCAAGAAUCUUGCCACCAGCUUGGCUGAGCUACGCACCGCCUCCCAAAAGGCUCAUGAAGCCUGUGGUCCCAUGGAAAUUGAUUCAGCUUUGAACACAGUGCAAACUCUAAAAAACGAACUGCAGGAUGCAAAAAUUGCAGCUGGUGAUAGCCAAUUGAAACCACUCCCUGGAGAAACGUUGGAAAAAUGUGCUCAGGAUUUGGGAAGUACGUCGAAAGCCGUGGGUUCCUCGAUGGCGCAGCUGCUGACGUGUGCUGCUCAAGGCAAUGAACAUUACACAGGAGUGGCUGCAAGAGAAACGGCUCAGGCAUUGAAAACCCUGGCCCAGGCAGCUCGGGGAGUGGCAGCAUCAACCAGUGAUCCAGCCGCCGCUCAUGCCAUGUUGGAUUCGGCGAGAGAUGUGAUGGAGGGCUCUGCCAUGCUCAUUCAGGAAGCCAAGCAGGCCCUGGUGGCACCUGGGGAUGCGGAAAGCCAACAAAGACUGGCUCAGGUGGCCAAGGCGGUGUCUCACUCGUUGAAUAACUGUGUAAAUUGCCUCCCUGGGCAGAAGGAUGUGGAUGUGGCCCUGAAGAGCAUCGGAGAGUCAAGCAAGAAACUGCUGGUUGAUUCGCUGCCUGCAAGUACCAAGCCUUUCCAAGAAGCCCAGAGCGAAUUGAACCAGGCCGCCGCUGACUUGAACCAGUCUGCAGGGGAAGUUGUCCAUGCCACCCGGGGCCAGAGCGGAGAGCUAGCAGCCGCUUCUGGAAAAUUCAGCGACGAUUUUGACGAAUUCCUCGAUGCUGGUAUUGAGAUGGCUGGCCAGGCCCAGACUAAAGAGGACCAGAUUCAGGUGAUCGGAAACCUCAAAAAUAUCUCUAUGGCCUCCAGUAAGCUCCUUCUAGCUGCCAAGUCUCUCUCUGUUGAUCCAGGAGCUCCCAAUGCCAAGAAUCUCCUGGCAGCAGCUGCAAGAGCUGUGACAGAGAGCAUUAAUCAGCUCAUCACCCUGUGUACCCAGCAAGCACCUGGGCAGAAGGAAUGUGACAACGCACUCAGGGAAUUAGAGACAAUUAAAGGAAUGCUUGAUAAUCCCAACGAACCCGUGAGUGACCUCUCUUAUUUUGACUGCAUUGAAAGCGUGAUGGAAAACUCCAAGGUCCUGGGCGAGUCCAUGGCAGGGAUUUCUCAGAAUGCCAAGACGGGAGAUUUGCUUGCUUUUGGAGAGUGUGUGGGUAUUGCUUCCAAGGCUCUCUGUGGUCUCACAGAAGCAGCAGCCCAGGCUGCCUACCUAGUUGGCAUUUCUGACCCCAACAGUCAGGCAGGACAUCAGGGGCUUGUGGAUCCUAUCCAGUUCGCCAGAGCCAACCAGGCCAUCCAGAUGGCUUGUCAGAAUCUAGUGGAUCCGGGCAGCAGCCCAUCCCAGGUUCUGUCGGCAGCUACAAUCGUCGCCAAGCACACCUCCGCCUUGUGCAAUGCUUGCCGAAUAGCUUCAUCCAAGACCGCCAAUCCUGUGGCCAAGAGGCACUUUGUUCAGUCGGCAAAGGAAGUCGCAAAUAGCACUGCCAAUCUGGUGAAAACGAUUAAGGCUCUGGAUGGCGAUUUCUCCGAAGACAACCGCAAUAAGUGCAGAAUUGCCACAGCACCCUUGAUUGAAGCUGUGGAGAAUCUGACGACGUUUGCUUCUAACCCAGAAUUUGUCAGCAUUCCGGCCCAGAUCAGCUCUGAGGGAUCACAGGCACAAGAACCAAUCCUGAUCUCUGCCAAGACCAUGCUGGAGAGUUCGUCUUUCCUGAUCAAAACAGCCCGCUCCUUGGCUAUCAACCCUAAAGAUCCACCCACCUGGUCUGUCCUGGCUGGACAUUCGCACACAGUGUCCGAUUCCAUCAAGAGUCUGAUCACUUCCAUCAGGGACAAGGCCCCAGGACAGAGGGAAUGUGACUACUCUAUCGACAGCAUCAAUCGGUGCAUCAGGGACAUAGAGCAGGCUUCCCUGGCAGCAGUCAGCCAGAAUUUGGGCACAAGGGAUGAUAUCUCAGUGGAGGCAUUACAGGAGCAGCUGACCUCAGUGGUUCAAGAAAUCGGGCACCUGAUCGAUCCCAUAGCUACAGCAGCUCGUGGAGAAGCAGCUCAGCUGGGACACAAGGUAACACAGCUUGCAAGCUACUUUGAGCCCCUGAUUUUAGCUGCAGUAGGUGUUGCCUCCAAGAUUCUAGAUCAUCAGCAGCAGAUGACUGUUUUGGACCAGACCAAGACCUUGGCAGAGUCUGCUCUGCAAAUGCUCUAUGCAGCCAAAGAAGGAGGAGGAAACCCAAAGGCCCAGCACACCCACGAUGCCAUCACUGAGGCAGCCCAGUUGAUGAAGGAAGCUGUGGAUGACAUUAUGGUCACCCUGAAUGAAGCUGCCAGUGAAGUAGGCAUGGUGGGCGGAAUGGUAGAUGCAAUCGCAGAAGCCAUGAGCAAGCUGGAUGAAGGCACACCUCCAGAGCCCAAGGGAACAUUUGUUGACUAUCAAACCACCGUGGUUAAAUAUUCCAAAGCCAUUGCUGUAACAGCACAAGAAAUGAUGACUAAGUCGGUUACUAACCCGGAGGAGUUGGGAGGACUUGCAUCCCAAAUGACCAGUGACUAUGGGCAUUUGGCUCUCCAGGGCCGAAUGGCAGCAGCUACAGCUGAACCAGAGGAGAUCGGAUUCCAGAUCAAGAACCGGGUUCAGGAUCUCGGGCAUGGUUGUAUCUUCCUGGUCCAGAAGGCUGGGGCUCUUCAAAUCUGCCCCACAGACAGUUACACUAAGAGGGAGCUGAUAGAAUGUGCCCGAUCUGUCACAGAAAAGGUGUCCUUGGUCCUGUCUGCUCUUCAGGCAGGGAACAAAGGUACCCAAGCUUGCAUCACCGCAGCGAGUGCUGUGUCUGGAAUCAUUGCCGAUCUGGACACCACCAUCAUGUUUGCCACAGCUGGCACCCUCAAUGCCGAGAACAACGAAUCCUUCGCGGACCACAGAGAGAACAUUUUGAAGACUGCAAAGGCCUUGGUGGAAGAUACCAAGUUGUUGGUGUCUGGAGCUGCUUCAACUCAGGAUAAACUGGCUCAAGCUGCCCAGUCAGCAGCAGCGACCAUCACCCAGCUGGCGGAGGUCGUGAAGUUGGGAGCAGCCAGCCUGGGCUCCGAUGACCCCGAGACUCAGGUGGUGCUGAUCAAUGCUAUUAAGGAUGUUGCCAAGGCCCUUUCCGAUCUCAUCAGUGCUACCAAGGGUGCCGCCAGCAAGCCUGCUGAUGAUCCGUCCAUGUACCACCUCAAAGGCGCAGCCAAGGUGAUGGUAACAAAUGUCACAUCCCUUCUGAAGACCGUGAAAGCUGUGGAAGAUGAAGCCACGAGAGGCACAAGGGCUCUCGAAGCCACCAUUGAGUACAUAAAGCAGGAGCUCACGGUGUUUCAGUCGAAGGAGGUACCAGAAAAGACAUCGUCACCUGAAGAAUCGAUAAGGAUGACGAAAGGCAUCACCAUGGCAACGGCCAAAGCCGUUGCAGCUGGAAACUCAUGCAGACAGGAGGAUGUGAUUGCCACAGCAAAUCUGAGCCGCAAAGCAGUGUCUGACAUGCUAACAGCUUGUAAGCAAGCUUCGUACCACGCGGAGGUGAGCGAAGACGUGCGAGCCCGAGCUUUGCGGUAUGGGAACGAAUGCACCCUGGGAUACCUGGACCUUCUUGAAUACGUCCUAGUGAUUCUUCAGAAACCAACCCCAGAGCUAAAACAUCAGUUAUCGGCUCUCUCUAAGCGAGUGGCAGGGGCUGUUACAGAGCUUAUCCAAUCAGCGGAAGCCAUGAAAGGCACAGAGUGGGUGGAUCCGGAAGACCCAACCGUCAUUGCGGAAACCGAGUUACUGGGGGCUGCAGCGUCCAUUGAGGCUGCUGCUAAGAAGUUAGAGCAGCUGAAACCAAGAGCUAAACCAAAACAAGCAGACGAGACUUUGGAUUUUGAAGAACAGAUCCUCGAAGCAGCUAAAUCCAUUGCAGCUGCCACGAGUGCCCUCGUCAAGUCAGCAUCUGCGGCCCAAAGGGAGCUGGUGGCGCAGGGGAAGGUCGGUGCAAUACCUGCCAACGCAGCUGAUGAUGGACAGUGGUCUCAGGGACUUAUUUCCGCUGCCCGAAUGGUGGCAGCUGCAACCAGCAGUCUGUGUGAGGCGGCCAACGCGUCAGUCCAGGGUCACGCCAGCGAGGAAAAGCUCAUCUCCUCCGCAAAGCAAGUUGCAGCUUCUACAGCCCAGCUGCUGGUGGCUUGCAAAGUGAAGGCUGACCAAGACUCGGAGGCCAUGAGGCGGUUGCAGGCUGCGGGGAAUGCUGUCAAAAGAGCAUCAGACAACCUUGUCCGUGCAGCUCAGAAAGCAGCAUUUGGCAAAGCCGACGAUGACGAUGUGGUGGUGAAAACAAAGUUCGUAGGAGGCAUCGCACAGAUUAUUGCUGCCCAGGAGGAAAUGCUGAAGAAGGAGCGAGAACUGGAAGAAGCGAGGAAAAAACUGGCUCAAAUUCGCCAGCAGCAGUACAAGUUUCUCCCCACAGAACUGAGGGAGGACGAGGGCUGAGCCCCAGCGCUGUGGUGACGCGCUAAGGGGGAUGCUCUGGGAAGGACUGACCUGUUAGGCCAAGCGCUCACCAGAGAACUGCCCGUCAUAGCUUUGGAUGAGCCCAGGGCACUGUGUGUUCGUUCUUUCUCAUCUGUUCAGCUAAGCCGCAUGAUCGUGUCAUCCCCAUGGUACAGUAUUUCAUUCACCAUUCCUCCUCUCCUCCUCUCCCCUGGCCCUCUUCCCUGACUCGCUGUAUCUCAGGAGAGAAGGACUCUCAUUUUACGGACUGUUACAGAAGAGGAAAAAAAAAAUCAGUAUUAUGUCGCUCCCUAACACUUGAUUUUGCAUACCCCCUCCCCUCCCUUGACCCAUUACCAGGAGUUUUGGGAAUAGGAAAAGAGUUUGGGGAAGGCAUUCUUAUCACAGGUAUCUACCACUACGGAGCAGAGGGGAGUAGAGGCGGCACAGUUUAAAAAAAUAAAUCCACAAA